AUGGGCUUCUUCAGCACCCACGCGUCCGGGACGCUUGAUCCCCCAGAGGUGCGAAACUGGCGCAUUCACUUGAUCGCCCUCGUCGCGAGCAUGUCAGCUUUGGCUAUGGGCUAUGAUACUGCAGUCAUUGGAGGAACAAUGGCACUGGACUCAUUCCGGCGUGAUUUUCACCUGGACGAGGUUAGUUCGACAACCCGCGAUACCAUCCAGGGCAACAUCGUCUCGACAUUUCAGGCUGGUUGCUUCUUCGGUGCCCUAUUCACGUUCCCCAUCGCCGAGAAAUUCGGUCGCAGGAAGACAGUGAUGCUUGCCGGAACCGUCUUUCUCAUCGGUGGCACUCUUAUGACUGCAGCCAGCGGAAACCUGAACUUAAUCUACGCAGGCCGUGCCAUUGCUGGUUUGGGAAUCGGGGCAUCAUCGUUGACUGUCCCCGUUUACAUCGCCGAGACGGCCCCGCCUUCGAUCCGUGGUCGACUGGUCGGCAUCUUCGAAAUCGCCUCUCAGGGAGGUGGUAUGCUGGGCUUCUGGAUCAAUUAUGCUACUGACAGGACGAUUGAUGUCAACUCAAGGGCCCAGUGGAUCGUACCCCUCGGAAUUCAGCUAGUGCCGGGCUUGGGACUUGCGCUAGGCAUGAUCUGGUGCCCAGAGUCUCCCCGUUGGCUCGCUCGUGGAGACCAUUUUGACUCUGCAGAAAGAAUUUUGACCCAGAUCCGAGGUCUGCCAGCAGAUCACGAGUACAUUCGCCGUGAGAUGAACGAUAUACGCACUCAGGUCGAACAGCGUACAUCUCAACGCAUGACAAAGAAGCAAAUGUUCCAAAAGCUUUUCCAAAAGGGUAUUCGAAACCGCAUGGGCUUGGGCAUGGCACUCAUGUUCCUUCAGAGUUUCACUGACCUAGGAGUGAAUAUCAUCACAUACUACGCCCCAAGAAUUUUUGAAAGUCUUGGAAUAACUGGGACAUCCACGAAGCUUUUUUCUACUGGUUUCUACGGUAUCGCAAAGACCUUUGGAAUGUUCCUCUUCACCUUCUGGGUUGCUGAGAGAGUCGGUCGACGAAAGGGACUGUUGUGGGGAUCUGCACUUGGCUGCAUUCCGAUGUGGUACAUUGGAGGAUAUGUCAUGAAAGCAGACCCUGCUGCAGCUGCCGCUGCAGGCCAAGUCACCCGAGACGGCUGGGGCUAUCUCGCCAUGGCUUGUGUCUACAUUAACGGAGUCAUCAUCUGCGCAACGUGGCAAGGAAUCACUUGGCUUUACGCUUCUGAAGUGCAGACACUGGAAAUCAGAAUGCUGGCCGUCUCCAUCACAACCGCCACAACCUGGCUCGGAAGCUUCAUCAUCGCUCGCUCCACACCAUACAUGAUCUCUGACCUAGGAUAUGGCGCAUACUUCUUCUUUAGCAGUAUCUUGAUGCUCAUGGGUAUUUGGGCAUUCUUCUUUGUGCCAGAGACUAAGGGCCUGACUCUUGAGGACAUGGACGCUCUUUUCAUGCAACCUACCCAUAAGACAGUGUGGGCUCAGAUGAGAGGCAGGGCAGUGGUAGCCCCUGGCCGAGCCAGGUCUCCCUCCAUCACCGACGAGAAAUACGAGGCAAAUAUCGAGGCUGCCCAGAUUGAAGAGCGUACCAAGUCAUGA